AUUAUUCAUUUAGGUCCAUAUUGGCCGUUGAUGGUCAAAUUAAUCUGUGUGUAUCAACGGCCAUAAUGCAAUCAAGUGUAAUAAUUGGUGAAGAUUGAAGAAGAGGCAUGUGGACCACCUGUGAUUUCGAAAUCUCGAGAUUAUCAUUUUCAUAAUUCUCAAUUCUGAUUAGCAAUUUUUCUAGUCUUACGAUCUACAAUUAAAAAUUUUCAAACUAAAAAACGAUAAUAAAUUAAAAAAGAAAAAGGCUGUCUACUGUGUUAUUAUUGUGUGCAAUUUCAAAUGCCAUUUCUCGAGGCAAAGAAAAAGAUUCCAAAAAAUAGCUAUUCCAGUCAAGGAACUCGCAAGAAAGUCCAACUCAGUAGCUGUGGUACAGCCAUUGCUGCUGCUGCUUUAAUUAAUGUUCAGACCUUUACUCUAAAACCAGACAAUUUAGAUUUGUGCAGUCAGAAACCCAGUAAAGAUUUUCAUCUGUUUGUCAUUGGGAGGUGUGAAUUGUAAUGGCCUCCAUCUUGUUCUGUUCUUUGCUGUUUUUAGUGGAUGUUACUCUAGCCUCUGAUGGUCUUGUGCUCUCCCCCAAAGGUGUUAACUAUGAAGUUGCGGCGUUGAUGGCGGUGAAGAGAGAGAUGGUAGAUGAGUUCCUGGUAAUGGACGGUUGGGAUAUAAACUCCGUUGAUCCUUGCACUUGGAAUAUGGUCGGCUGCUCUGCUGAAGGCUUUGUCAUUUCCCUUGAAAUGGGAAGCAAGCGUUUAUCAGGGACCCUAUCACCGAGUUUUGGGAAUUUGAGUCACUUGAGAACAAUGCUAUUGCAGAACAAUCAGUUAACUGGUCCCAUACCAGCAGAGAUAGGAAAGCUUUUAGCCCUUCAGACUUUGGACCUCUCAGGUAACCAAUUUGCUGGAGAUAUUCCAAGCUCUUUGGGUUUUCUGACCCAUCUAAGUUCCUUGAGGCUCAGUAGGAACAAGUUAUCUGGACAGAUUCCUAAACUUGUAGCCAAUCUUUCUGGACUUCUGUUUCUGGAUUUAUCAUUUAACAAUCUCAGCGGUCCCACCCCAAAAAUACUUGCAAAAGGCUACAGCAUUACAGGGAAUAGCUUUCUUUGUUCCUCCUCACCUGCACAAAUUUGCAUGGGAGUUCCAAAGCCAGGGAACGAUACAGUUUCAUCUCAGAAAGCCAGCAAUCACCAUCGGUGGGUGCUUUCUGUUGCUAUAGGUGUCAGUUGCGCAUUUGUGAUUUUUGUAAUAGUGCUUGUUUGUUGGGUUCACUGGCACAGGUCUCGCCUAAUUUUUACAUCACAUGUGCAGCAAGAUUAUGAAGUUCACAUUGGGCAUUUAAAGAGGUUCUCAUUUCGUGAACUGCAACUUGCUACUGGAAACUUCAGCUCUAAAAACAUCUUAGGUCAAGGUGGGUUUGGGGUGGUUUACAAGGGAUGUCUUCCAAAUAAGACAAUGGUAGCAGUUAAGAGGCUGAAAGAUCCAAACUACACUGGAGAGGUGCAGUUCCAAACUGAAGUUGAAAUGAUUGGCUUGGCAUUGCAUCGAAACCUCUUACGAUUGUAUGGCUUCUGUAUGACACCUGAUGAAAGGCUGCUUGUGUAUCCAUAUAUGCCAAAUGGCAGUGUUGCUGACCGCUUGAGAGAGACUUGCAGAGAAAAACCAUCACUGGAUUGGAACAGAAGAAUUCAUAUUGCUCUUGGAGCUGCCCGCGGACUUCUAUACUUGCAUGAACAGUGUAAUCCAAAAAUAAUUCACAGGGAUGUCAAAGCAGCAAAUAUUUUACUUGAUGAAAGUUUUGAAGCUGUAGUUGGAGAUUUUGGUCUUGCUAAGCUAUUAGAUCAAAGAGAUUCACAUGUCACUACUGCAGUGCGAGGUACUGUAGGCCACAUUGCACCUGAGUAUCUUUCAACUGGGCAAUCGUCUGAAAAAACAGAUGUCUUUGGAUUUGGUAUACUACUUUUGGAACUCAUAACAGGGCAAAAAGCAUUAGAUGCAGGAAAUGGUCAGAUUCAGAAAGGAAUGAUUCUUGACUGGGUCAGAACCUUGCAUGAAGAGAAGAGAUUGGAAGUUCUAGUUGAUAGGGAUCUGAAGGGAUGUUUUGAUGCAGAAGAGCUAGAAAAGGCAGUGGAAUUGGCUAUGCAGUGUACUCAGUCGCAUCCAAACCUCCGUCCAAAGAUGUCUGAAGUCCUGAAAAUCUUGGAAGGCCUGGUUGAGCAGUCAGGAACAGAAGAAUCACAAGGUGGAACCAAUGUGUACGAGGCAAGGGUCUGCAGCUUCUCAAGGCAUAACAGUGAUAUCCAUGAAGAAUCUUCAUUCAUCAUUGAAGCAAUGGAGCUUUCUGGACCUCGGUAAAUAAGUUUUCCUUUCUGAAUUCAACUGUAAAUGAAUUUUUCUAUAUUUAGAAGGAUCCAUAUUACGCACAAAAUUCUGGUGUACUAUUUUACUUCUCGGAAAAAAGUAGGAAUACAUCAGGGUGGUGAAGCUACAUGUUCUAAAAAUUUUGGUUGUUGAUACCGAGAUAAAUGAGAGCUUCCUGGGUUGUAGCAGUUUCAUAUUUUACAAUGAAAUUUCAUUAUGCAAAUUCUUAAGCA